CUACCACUCUUGUUACUCACUUAAUUAGCUUGCUAGCUGCGUACAUGGCAGGGACCAAGAUGACCACCCCUUUCUUGCUGCUGCUCCUCAUUGCCCUAAUGAGCAGCGUGGUCGCGGCCCGUGAGUUGGCCGGCGGCGAGGAGGCGGCGAUGCAGGCGCGCCACGAGGAGUGGAUGGCCAAGCACGGGCGCAAGUACAAGGACGAUGCAGAGAAGGCGCUGCGCUUCCAGGUGUUCAAGGCCAACUCCGAGCUUGUCGCCAGGUCCAACGCCGACGGCACCAAGAAGUACCACCUGGCCGUCAACAAGUUCGCCGACCUGACCAGCGACGAGUUCGCCGCCAGGUACACCGGGUUCAAGCCCGCGCCGCCGGGACCCAAAAUGCUGCCGGGAUUCAAGUACGAGAACGUCAGCCUCUCCGCCGCUGACGAGCAGGGCGUUGACUGGAGGACCACAGGCGCAGUUACCGGUGUAAAGUACCAAGGACGGUGUGGAUGCUGCUGGGCCUUCUCAGCGGUGGCUGCCGUGGAGGGCAUCCACCAGAUCACCACCGGCCAGCUGGUCUCCCUCUCGGAGCAGCAGCUGCUCGACUGCACCACCGAGAACCACGGGUGCGGCGGCGGCUUCAUGACCUCUGCCUUCGAGUACAUAGUGGACAACGGAGGCAUCACCACCGAGGACGCCUACCCAUACGUCACGGCCCAAGGCAGGUGCGACUCCGAUGCCACGCAGCCGGCCGCCACCAUCCGCGGCUACCAGGUCGUGCCCGCCAACAACGAGGACGCGCUCGCUGCCGCCGUCGCUAACCAGCCCGUGUCCGUCGGCAUCGAUGGAAAGCAGCCGAGCUUCCAGAUGUACAAUGGCGGCAUCAUGACCGGCGACGCCUGCGGCACAGAAAUUAACCACGCGGUCACCCUGGUGGGCUACGGUGUCGAGCAGGAUGGGACAAGCUACUGGCUCAUCAAGAACUCGUGGGGCCAAAACUGGGGAGAAGGAGGCUACAUGAAGCUCCAGAGAGGCACGGGCGCCUGCGGCGUUGACAUGCUGGCAUCUUACCCUGUCGCAUGAACCUACCGAAGCACAAGAUACAUUAAUUAAAAUUAUUACUACGCUACUCCUAUAUAUAGAAUAAACACAACCUGAUUAACCGCAUGUGCUUGCUUUGAAGAGAUUAUUAAGGUGCACUCCCUGAUGUAACAUGAGAUUGUUUUACUAUCUAAUAUGUACUAUGAAUGAGCGAUUAUUUGUACAA